AUGACAGAUUCACUUGAUGAACAAUCAGUGAAAUAUAUUGAUUAUGCUGUUCAUGAACGGCUUAUGGAUAUGACAUCAUCUCGUAGCUUCUGGUAUUCUCAACUAGAAAGAUUUAAUCUCAAACGUGCAUUAAAGCUACCAGUUGAUAGACACCGUUCGUCAGCUAUUCAGCGAUCUAACAUAGCGUCGGUAGCUCAAAUCUCUUUUGAUAAGGAGCUGUCGAUGAUUUUUCUCAAUUAUGCUUCCUUACAUCGAAUUACACCUUUUCAGCUUGGUUUGACUGCAUUUUACGUGUUUCUAUUCAAACUAACUCAUGGAGAAACUGAUUUAUGCAUCGCAUCUGUUAAUGCUAAUCGAUAUCGAAGUGAAUUAGAAAAUAUGAUCGGCAUGUUUGUUUCAACGUUACCAUAUUGUGUACAACUCAAUUCUCAUUGGUCACUUGAUGAACUUGUGAAACAUGUUCGAGAAAAGUGUUUAUCAAUUCUUGAGCAUUCUCAUUAUCCACUUCAGCAUAUACUUACUGAUUUUCGACUUAAUCAAUUGGACGUUUCAUUUCUUAACAUUGUGUUUAAUUUCUUACCGGUGUCUACAAAUAUUGAUCGAUAUUCUAUAAGUGAUGUAUGCUUAGAACCAGUCUCAAUCGAACAAACAGAUGAAAUUUCUCAGUUUGAUUUCUCAACAAUGUUCCUAUACAAUCCGAUAUCAGAUGAUCAUAAGCUUUCCUCACCAGCAUCAUUUGCACAAGCUCGUAUAUGGCUUGACGAAAGAAUUCGAUUUGAUCCAGACCAACCUCAAAUAGCAAUCUACAAUAUGCCUUUUGUUUAUCGUCUACAACCAGGUCAUACUUUAUCAAUUGAACAACUUCGCGAUGCUCUUCAUCUCACUAUUAACAAACAUCUCUCACUUCAUACAUCACUUCAUUUUGACAUCGAAAAGAAUCUACUUAUGCAACGAGUUAUUACUCAUGAACAUGAAAACAAUAAUAAUAAUAAUAUGUUUUCAAGCAUCGAAUCUACUUAUGAAACACAUGAACAACUCAAUGAGAUUUUACACGAUGAGAAAUGUAAUCCUCAUCUUUUUGAUCUUGCUCAAGGUCUUGUUUUUCGAUGUCAUAUUAUUUAUUACAAACAAAUUUCUUCAAAUCGUCUACUUUCUCAUCAGGAUAUAGUCAUUUUCAACUUUCAUCAUGCUCUAUUUGAUUUUCCAUCGAUGGAAGUGUUUCUUCG